AUGUCAGCAAGAACAGAAUGCAAAGCCGACUCAAUAGGCCCCCUAAGCCCAGACUGUCCUGACACCGAAAUCAACCAAUUCUACCAACAGCUUGAAGACACACUACGUUCCUCACCGAAGAAAGACACGCACAUCGUCAUGGGUGAUUGGAAUGCAAAGAUUGGAAAUGACAACACCGGUUUCGAACAAGCAAUGGGAAACCAUGGGUUUGGCAGUCAGAACGAACGUGGCCUUAUGCUACUUGAAUUUGCAAUCAAGUACAACCUAUACAUUUGCAAUUCUCGAUUCCAACAGAAAGACUGCAGAAAGUGGACAUGGACAUCACCCUUUGGCUUGUACCACAAUAUGAUUAACAUGUCUGCAUCAAGUUUAAGACCAACACUACACACAAGAUCAAACCAAAAAGAGACAGAGUCGCUCAAGAAUAACACCAUCCAACACUCUUUCCAAACUGCCCUUGAAGACAAACUCAGCCAACUUAACACCAAUACUGAAGACAUCAACAAGUAUGCAUCUGACAUUUAUUCCGCUCUGAACACAACAAUCGAAGAAACAAUACCGACAGCACGCAAACCUCGCAAAGCUUGGAUUUCGGAGGAGACACUUAUACUAGCUGAUAAGAAACGCAAGAUCAAGAACACCAUAACAACAUCAAAUAACAACCGUGAUGAAUACAGGAAAAUAUGCAAUGAAGUUAGAAAGGCAGCUAGACAAGACAAAGAAAAAUGGUUAGAACACCAAUGCAAGCAGAUCGAGCAAAGUGCACAAGAGAAGAAAAGUAGGGCUACCUACCAACUCAUAAAAGACCCUAACUGCAAACACCAACCAAGACAACUUACGAUCAAAGAUUCUAAUGGUACCAUCCUUCAAACCAAAGAAGAAGUCCUCAGCCGCUGGACCUCUUACUGUGAGACACUCUACAAAUCAAAUCUAGAUGAUCGAUCCAGGAUACAAGAGCUAGAUGAAAUCUCCCCUCCCCUCGACGACACAGAAGACCUCAUACUCAUUGAUGAAGUCCGGAAAGCCAUCAAACAACUUAAACAUCACAAAAGCCCAGGAACAGAUGGUAUUGUCGGCGAAAUUCUACAGGCUGGCGGAGGAGCGCUUGUAACUCAUAUACAUAGACUAUGCAAUGAAGCCUGGAAGAAAGAACAAAUUCCAGAAGAAUGGACAUAA